AUGCGUGAGAACAAUGCAGCACAUGAAAAACCUUCAAGCUGUGUGCCUAAAGGAACCUGUUGUCAGACGGCUGUCAAAAGCCCGCUUUCAAUCGGCAGCCCCUCGUUCCUUCUGGAUCCACAUCAACUGGCAAGCACUCUUCAAGCCAUACGUGGUUCUAUGGCCAUGCUUCAUGCAAGCGAAGGGGAAUGCAAGGCACGUGCACAUUUGCUUAUGUCAGAACCGCAUGCUGCUUGCGGAAACAUGGCAGACUCCGAGAAUAUACUUGCCGACUUCCACCCGAAGACGCCACCCAACAGCCCGCGUAUGGCUGCUUCAGAAGCUGUUCCGAUUGAGCAGGUAUCUAUCUUGGAGAGCUAA